AUGAAAGCGCUCAAGAGGCCCUUCGUCAUGUCUAAGGAAGAAUCUCAAGCGGCAACAAGCAUUGACGACAAUGCGGACAGCGACACUAAACAACCAGCCGAGACGGAAACUCCCUCAGACCAGCCAUCACUUUCUCCAACGGCAGUGGCCUUCAUCCUCUUAGGGCUGAGUUUGCCUGUUUUUCUUAUUGCCCUAGAUACUUCCAUUGUUGCUACAGCUAUUCCAUAUAUCACAGAUCGUUUCCAAUCCACAAAGGAUAUUGGGUGGUAUGGAAGCGCAUAUUUUCUCGCGUUAUGUUCACUGCAGCCAUUAAGUGGUAAACUGUACACAACAUUUUCUCUCAAAUGGACAUUCCUCACCUUCUUUGCCGUCUUUGAGCUUGGUUCUCUACUAUGUGCCACGGCUGUGAGCUCUAAUAUGUUUAUCGGCGGGCGUGCUGUUGCAGGAGCCGGAGGAGCAGGCAUCGUAUCUGGUGCUUUUUCCAUCGUCGCAUUCAUCGCUCCGCUUGAGAAGAGACCACUGUAUAUUGGGUUUAUAUCCUCAUUCUUUGGCGUUGCGACUGUGAUUGGCCCUUUGAUCGGGGGAGCCUUUACAGAACACGUAUCGUGGCGAUGGUGUUUCUAUAUCAACCUACCAAUCGGUGCCGUAGCCGGAGCAGUGUUGGUAGUAGCCUUCAAUCCUCCCACGAGAGAUAUAGAAAACGAGCCCAUCACCCGUCGCAUCAGGGCUCUUGACCUUAUCGGUGCAGCUCUUUUCAUUCCGGCAAUCUUGAUGGCCCUACUUGCACUACAAUGGGGAGGAUCCACAUAUCCCUGGAAGUCGGCGACCAUUAUUGGACUUUUCCUCGGAUUUGGAGGUCUCUGUGUGUUUUUUGUCCUCUGGCAGAUUUAUAAAGGCGAAGAAGCCAUGUUACCCAUGUCCAUACUCGUCAACCGCACUGUUGCCCUCAGCAGCCUCACUCUGGCGUUUGCAUACGGCGCAAUAUUCGCAGUCGUAUAUUAUCUUCCAGAGUGGUUCCAAGUCAUCAAAGGAGCAGGCCCAAUCCGAAGCGGUGUCAUGAGCCUCCCAACGUUCGUUCCGCAAAUCGCCGCCGCUCUCUUAUCUGGAGCAUUGGCUCCUAAACUAGGCCCCCUGAACCCCUGGGUCUACAUUGGCUGUGCUCUUAUGGCUAUCGGUAUGGGACUUUAUGCUACAUUUGAUGUCGACACAAAUUCUGCACACUGGAUCGGCUACCAAAUCCUUCCAGGUAUAGGAUUCGGCAUGAUGGCCCAAAUGCCCGUUGUAGCGGUGCAAGCCACCUUGCCGACUUUACAGAGUCCUGUCGGCGUUUCUACAGCCACUUUCUCUCAAUUCUUUGGCAGUGCCAUUUUUCUAGCGAUUUCACAAGCUGUGUUUGCCAAUAUCUUCAUUGAUAAGCUGCCGACAAAUAUCCCCGGCGUUGAUAUACAAAGCCUGCUCGUCAGUGGGUCAGGAGCUAUUCGCAAACUGGUGCCCCCAGAAGAUUUGCCAGUUGUUCUGGGCGCAUUUAACCAGGCUCUUGUAGGUACAUUUUAUCUCUCUGCGGCCGCAUCUGCAGCUGCGGUUUUGAUAUCAUUUGGGAUACCUUGGAUCAAUAUCAAGGGAAAGAACUUGACAAUAGAGCCUGGAGCAUGA